UAACAUGUUUAUCCAUGCCAAACUAAUUUUAAGGUUAUAGUGUAAAAUAAUUUUUAAAUUUGUAAAUAUAUUGUUAAAAAUGCCUCCCAAACGUGCAACAAAUGGUACUUUAUGGAAUCUAUGCGAGGUUUGUGAGUCUUACAUUGUUUCUAAAAAUGUGGAAACCCAUGAAUGUCCUCCAAAUCAACUAGAGCAUAGAUUUAUUAGAGACAACAUUUUAUAUAGUACUGUUGAUGUUAGAGUAAAUGAGGAAAUUAAGGGAUUAAGUCAGUUUGAAAAGGAUAACUUGGUGUUCUUAACAGAGUCUGUAAUUCAAUUACUGAAACUGUCCAUUGGUGAUUAUGCUAUAAUAACAAAUUUAUCUACCAAGGAGUCAGUAAUAAGAACUGUUUGGCCAUCAUGCGAGAAAGGAUUAACUUCAGUUUUAUUAACAAAGAAUGGUAUGGAUGUCAGCAAACUAGAUGGAAAUAAUGCAGUUACAGUAGCAGGCAUUUCCUCUCAGAAAAUAAAGGAUGCAAAUGUAAUUCAGUUGUUAAUACUGAAUGCUCCAAGAAUUUUAGAAAUAUCAAAUGAGUUACUUAAUAGAUUAAGAAAGAGUUAUACUGAUAAAUUGGUUGUUAGAGAAAAUAAUCUUAGUAUUCUUUUCUAUGGAAAACAGUUGAAAUUCCAAAUUAAAUCAGUAUCUGCACAGAAUGAAGACUUUGAAGAGGAUUUUAAUGAAAAGUUGACAUUGGAUGAAUGUCUUUUUAAAAUUACUAAGAAAACGACGUUUGAAAUAUUUAAAUAUGAGGAAGAUUUUAAAAAGGAAAAAGCUAAGCAAGAUCCGUUUAUGAAUAUUGGAGGUUUGAAUGAGGAGAUUGCUGAAUUGAAGGAUUUAAUUGACUGCGCAUUGGAAUAUAAACCAGCGUUAACUGGUUUUAAGACAACUCGUGGCGUCUUGAUUUAUGGUAAUCCUGGUACGGGAAAAACUGUUCUGUCGCAUGCUUUGGCUGUUGAUUCGAAAGCGACUAUCGUUCAAAUUAAUCCAGCUGAUUUGUAUGGGAAACUGAAAGGAAGCCCCGAAGAAAAUAUUCGUGAACUGUUCAAAUCUGCCAAGGAACAGGUGCCGAGUAUUAUACUUAUGGAUGAAGUUGAUAUUUUAUGUCCAUCGAGAUCUUCUCGGAUGACAGACGCAGAGAAAAAGAUUGUUGCGUGCAUGUUAACUCAAUUCGAUGAAUUGAUGGACUGCAAACAGAUUUUUGUGAUUGGAGCGACAAAUAAACCAGAUUCGGUGGAUGCAGCAUUUAGGAGAUGCGGCCGUUUCGAAAGGGAAAUAGAGAUACCUGUUCCCAAUCCGAAUAAUCGAUUCGAUAUUCUUAAAAAUCUUUUACCGCAGGUUGAAGAGAAGAUGCUUAAAGAUUUAUCUGGAAAAACUCACGGUUUUGUUGGAGCUGAUUUGUUAGCUUUAUCGUCCAGAGCUGCUCUUCAUGCGAGUCAACAGCAACGGCAGCAAGUGAAUUGGGAUGAUUUCAAAUUUGCUUUAACUAGGGUCAGGCCAAGUGCAAUGAGGGAGGUGCAAAUAGAAGUACCGAAUGUUUUAUGGAGUGAUAUUGGUGGGCAAUCGAAAUUGAAGCUGAUCUUGAGGCAGUGUGUUGAGUGGCCACUGAAGCAUGCUGAAAGCUUUAUUCGGAUGGGAAUUACUCCACCUAGAGGAGUGCUGAUGUACGGACCUCCUGGAUGCUCCAAGACUAUGAUUGCUAAAGCGCUAGCAACCGAAAGUGGUUUAAACUUUUUAUCCAUCAAAGGUCCUGAGCUCUUCAGCAAAUGGGUUGGAGAGUCCGAGAGGGCGGUACGCGAAGUUUUCAGGAAAGCCAGACAAGUGGCCCCAUCCAUUGUGUUCUUCGAUGAAAUCGAUGCGCUCGGAGGAGAGAGAAAUGGAGGUUCCAGUUCGGUGCAGGAAAGAGUUCUCGCACAACUUCUAACUGAAUUGGAUGGUGUCACGCCUUUAGGAGAUGUAACAAUUCUUGCAGCUACCAAUAGACCCGAUAGGAUAGAUAAAGCUUUGCUAAGACCCGGUAGAUUGGACAGAAUCGUGUAUGUGCCAUUACCAGAUGAAGCAACGCGAAAGGACAUCUUUAGGAUCAAGUUGGCAAAAAUGCCGACGGUCGACAUCGAUAUCGACGGGUUAGUUGCAAAAACUGUUGGAUAUUCUGGUGCUGAAGUUAAUGCAGUAUGUCACGAGGCAGCGAUGAUGGCUUUAGAAGAGGAUCUUUCCGCAGACAAAGUCAUGACUCAUCAUUUUGAUGCAGCUUUAGAUUUAAUCACUCCUAGAACACCACAAAGUUUAUUAGAUAUAUACGACGAAUAUAAUAAAAAAUCAUAA